GAAAUUGCAGCCUUUUUUUUCCCUUCAAUAUCGCUGCCUUCUCUUCUUCCUCAUGGCCACCUUACCUAAUCCCACCAUCUCUGAUGAUACCACAGCCGACUCCACCAUCAACAAGGGCUCUUCUAAUGCCUCUCCUUCUUCAUUUGAUGACAGUCAGGCCUUGACAGCAGCACCACCCGAGCCUUUCCCAUUUUCUCCAGCCCAAAUCACUCAACUCCAUCAGCUAUUGAGCACGAGAACCAAUGCUUCCGCAUCUGAUCCUUUGUCUACUUCCACUCAAGGUACCUCUGCUGUCUUCAAUGCUCAAAAAUCUGCCUGGAUAGUAGACUCUGGGGCUUCGGACCAUAUGACUGGUCAGUCCAGUCACUUUACCACUUAUACUCCUUGCCCAGGAUAUGUCCUCGGGGAAGAUGAUUGGGAAUGCGAAGGCAUGUAGCGGGCUGUAUUACUUUGAUCCGUUUCCUCCUGCUCAAGUUGAUAACGCUUUUAUUUCUGGUUGUAUUUCUGCCAAUAAUAAUGAUAUAAUUCGGUGGCAUUAUAGGCUAGGUCACCCUAGUUUUUCAUAUUUAAAAUAUUUAUUUCCUAAGUUGUUCAAGAAUAAAGACUUGAGCUUACUUAAAUGUGAAAUUUGUCAAUUCUCCAAACAUACACGUGUUGUUUUUCGUUCUAUCCCCUACAAAUCAACUCAGCCUUUUAAUCUUAUUCAUAGUGAUAUAUGGGGACCAUCUAGAAUAACCAAUACUACAAAUACAAAAUGGUUUAUCACUUUUAUUGAUGAUCACACACAUGUUAGUUGGGUGUUUUUGCUUAAAUCCAAAUCUGAUGCUGCCAUGGUUUUUAAAAAUUUCUGCUCUAUGAUAAAAAAUCAAUUCAAUGCAAAUCUCCAAGUCUUACACACUGACAAUGGAACUGAAUAUUUCAACUCAAUCUUAGGUGAUUAUCUUCUUUCUCAUGGCAUUGUGCAUAAAAGUUCAUGUGCAGGCACACCCCAACAAAAUGGGAUUGCUGAACGAAAAAAUAGACACCUAUUGGAAAUUGCUAGAGCAAUUAUGUUCACAACAUUAGUUCCAAAACAUUUUUGGGGUGAGGCUAUCCUCACUUCUGCCUAUCUUAUCAAUAGAAUGCCCUCUCGAGUGUUGAACUUUCACACUCCUCUAUCUAUGCUUCUCAAGGUAUA